AUGUCGCUGCUGUCCCCCGCGGGGGGGGCGGCCGCCCCCCGGCUGCUGCUGGCGCUGCUCUGCCUGUCCGCCCGGGCCGCCGCCCCCCCGCCGCCCAGCGCCCCCCCCGGGACCCCCCCGGGCCCCGCCGCGCCCCACAGCGACUCCCCCGUCCUGUCCCUCAACCUCGGCCUCAACUUCAAGAUCAAGGUGCGAAGCCAGGGAGGGCCGCGCCCCCCCGCGCCCCCCACCCCCCCGGGCGCCCCCAAGAGCCCCGGGCCCCCCCGGAGCGCCGCGCCCCCCACCCUGCCCGACCCCGGCGAUGAGCAGGGCUCCGCGGGGGCCCCGGAGGAGGCGGCGGGCCGGGGGAGCCCCCCUGGCCGCGGGGCUACGACCCCCGCCCCGGGGCGCCCCCGGGACAAGCAGCUGGAGCUGGACAUCGCCAUCGACCUGACAGCGGGGCUGGACCCCCCCCCGGGGGGCUCGAGGGCGGCCGUGCCCCCCACCAGCCUCCUGGGAGGUGGCCCCGGACGCCCCCGGUUCCUGCCGGGCCUCUCGGAGCUGGCCGGGAGACUCAGCGCCGCCGGGUUCCUGUUUCCCACGGGGCCCCCCAAGAUCGGCGCCGAGGGGGGCAACGCGUCCCUGGAGCUGGACGCGGCGGGGAGCGGCGCGGAGCCAGCGCUCUCCCCCGGCCGCCAGCCCUCCCGGGGGGCCGCGCCCCCCCCCGCCGCCGCCUCCGCCUGCACCCCCGGAUCCGCCUGCGGCUCGGGGGGGCCCGACCCGGGCGGGGCCUCCCCCGCGCCCCCCUUCUCGUGGCCCCCCCACUUCCUGCCGCUGGGCACCCCCUGGCCCGAGGCGGCGGCGCUGUGGGGCGCGGCCUGGGGGGGGCACGUCUAUGGGGCGGGGGCGGCCUUCGCCGUGCUGGGGGCGCUGGGCGCGCUGCUGCUGCUGGGGGGGCGCCGGCCGGGGCUGGCGAGGCUGCUGGGGGCGCUGCUGGCCGCGUCCGCCUUCGCCCGCGCCUUCCCCCUCUUCUUCGACCCCUACGAGCUGGGGGGGCGCCUGCCGCCCCCCGCCGCCCGGGCGCUGUUCGAGCUGCCCUUCCCGUGCCUGGGCUGGGGGCUGGCGCUGGCGCCCCCCGCGCGGGGCGCGCCGCUGCUGCUGGCGCUGGGGGUGCUGCACCUGGGGGGGGUCCUGGGGGCCGUGGGGGCGCUGGCGGCGCUGGGGGGGCCCCCGGCGCUGCUGCUGCUGCCCCGCGCUCUGUUCGCCGCGCUGGCGGCCGCGCUGGCGCUGGGGGGGCUGCGGCGCUGCGGGGCGGGCGGGGGGCGCGGCAAGCGCGGCGGGGGGGCGCGGACGGGGGUCCCGCGGCUGCUGGGGGCGGCGGGGGCGGCGCUGAGCGCGGGGCUGCAGCUCUUCGGGGCGCUGCAGGCCUGGGCUGGGGGGGGCGCCUGGCCGAGCUGGCCAUGGGGGGGGGCGCUGGCCGCGCUGGCCUUCGCCGCCCCCCCGGGCGGCCGCGCCCCCCCCGGCGGCCCCGCCGAGCCCCCCGAGGGCGGCGGCGGGCGGGGGCCGGGCGAGGAGGCGGGGGCGCCCCCCGAGUCCCCCCUGGAUGUGGACGGGGACCCCACGGCCGGGUACCGGCCCCCCUCCCCCAUCGACCUGCGCCGCUCCAUCGACGAGGCCUUGGGAGCGCCGGGAAUGUUCCGCGCCGGGAACGGCGGCAUCGGGGCCACCGGGGGCACCGGGAACACCAGGAUCAGCCUGGUAGGGAACACCGGGAGCACCGGCAUCGGGGGCACGGGCAGCACCGGGAACGGUGGGAAAACCAAGAGCAACGGGGUCAGCGUGCUCGGGAGCACCGGGAGCACCGAGAUCAGCGUCAUCAGCGCCGCCGGCAGCGCCCGCAGCGCCGGCAGCACCGGGAGCACCGGCACCAGCACCACCGCCCUGCCGGGGGGCGGCAGCUCCGGCAGCACCGGGAGCACCGGCACCAGCACCACCGCCCUGCCGGGGGGCGGCAGCGCCGCCAUGCCGGGGCUGGGCACGGGGAGCGCCGGGAGCGCCAUCGGCACAGCCGGGGCUGCGGCAGCGGGCGGCACCGGCACCGCGGGGGCGGGCACGGAUGGCACGGCUGGGCCCUGCAGCGCCUGGCACCGCUGGCCCGUCAGACCCCGGCUCCUCUGGCACAGCUGGGACACGGGGGCCUGGCGCUGCUGCCCCCCCCGGUGCCCCCGGUGCCCCCGGUGCUCCCGGUGCCCCCGGUGCUCCCGGUGCCGGCAGCUCGGCCCCCCGCGGCCCCCCCACCGCCCCCCGCCCCCCCGGGCUGUCCCGCGCCGCCUCCUGCGGGGGACCCUCCGGGGGGGGCCCGGGGGGGGAUCCCGGCGCUGCCCCCUCGGGCCGGGGACCCUCCCGGGGGGGGCCGAGCCCCGGGACCCCCGCGCAGGGCCCCCCCCGGGCAGCGCCGCCCCCGCUGCGGCCGUCGCAGAGCUGGGCUGA